UGCAAAUGAGACAAACCUGUUGAAAAUCUUACUCCCAGUACAUUCGGAAGCUCAGUGCUCAAACUACAGCUGUCGUACAAGAUUCAUCUGCUGACAAUACCUUAAAAGAAAGCUCUACCCAGCAGCACCAUGGUGAACCACCCUGAAUUUGAGAAGGCAGGGAAGCAGGCAGGCCUGCAGGUGUGGAGGAUUGAAAACAUGGAUUUGGUGCCUGUCCCGAAGAAUCUUUACGGUGGCUUCUACACAGGCGACACCUACCUAAUCCUCAAUACCAUAAAGCAAAACUCUGGCAAUCUACAAUAUGACCUUCACUUCUGGAUAGGUGAUGCAUGCUCAAUGGAUGAGAGUGGGGCAGCUGCUAUCUUCACUGUCCAAAUGGAUGAUUUCCUUGGAGGAAAACCCAUCCAGUACAGAGAAGUCCAGGGACAUGAGUCAAAAACCUUUGUAGGCUACUUCAAAUCAGGUCUUAAAUACAUGCAAGGUGGAGUAGCCUCUGGAUUCAAACACGUAGCUACCGGUAAAGUGAAUGUGAAGCGAGUUCUCCAUGUGAGCGGCAGACGUGUAGUCCGGGCCAUUGAGGUACCUGUGAGUUGGGACAGCUUCAACACGGGUGAUUGCUUCAUCCUAGACCUUGGAGAGGAGGUAUACCAGUGGUGUGGCUCCAAGUGUAACCAGUUUGAGAGACUGAAGGCCACCAGCGUUUCCAAAGACAUUCGUGAUAACGAACGUUGCGGGAGAGCUAAACUUACUGUAUGCGAAGAAGGAUCAGAGAAUGAGAAGAUACUAGCGAUUCUUGGACCAAAGCCUGAUCUUCCUGAUGCUCAGGCUGAAGACACCAAGACUGAUGCAUCCAACAGGAAGUCUGCAAGACUGUACAAGGUCUCAGAUGCCAGUGGGAGUAUGUCUGUCACUUUGGUGGCUGAUGAAAACCCCUUCUCUCAGAGUGCACUGGAGUCCACCGACUGCUUUAUCUUGGAUCACGGUUCCAACGGCAAGAUAUUUGUCUGGAAAGGUAAAGAUGCUAAUAAAGAAGAGCGGAGUGCAGGUAUGAAAGCCGCCGAGGACUUCAUCAGUAAGAUGGGCUAUCCCAAACACACUGAGGUCCAGAUCAUCCCUGAGAAUGGAGAGACUCCUCUCUUCAAACAGUUCUUCAAGUUCUGGCGUGAUACAGACCAGACCAAGGGUAUGGGACAAGCCUAUGUGCCCAACAAAAUUGCGAAAAUCAAGAAGGUGCCCUUUGAUGCAUCAUCUUUGCACAAAUCAGAAGCAAUGGCUGCCCAGCAUGGCAUGGUAGAUGACGGAAAGGGGGAGAAAAAGAUCUGGCGCAUUGAGGGAUCAGACAAGGUUCCAGUUGACCCAUCCAUUCAUGGGCAGUUCUUUGGAGGAGACAGUUACAUCAUCCUGUACAGCUACAAGCAUGGAGGACGUCAGGGGCAGAUUAUAUAUAUAUGGCAAGGAGAAGAGUCCAGUCAAGAUGAGAAAGGAGCUUCUGCCAUUCUGGCUGCCCAGCUUGAUACAGAGCUCGGCGGGAGUCCUGUGCAGGUGCGAGUAAUGGAAGGCAAAGAACCUCCUCAUCUCAUGAGUAUCUUUGGCGGGCAACCAAUGGUGGUGCACAAGGGUGGGACUUCACGAGAGGGUGGCCAAUCGAAGGCUUCUGCAACCCGGCUUUUCCAAGUGCGUGCCAAUCCGGCCGGGCACACACGAGCUGUUGAGGUCGAUCCUGUGGCCUCCAACCUCAACUCCAAUGAUGCCUUUGUUUUGGUGACCGCUUCAGGCUCUAAGCUGUGGCUGGGUCAUGGUACAAGUACUGCAGAAAAGAAUGGAGCCAAAAAGCUUGGAAGCAUUUUAGGAGUAAAUCUUUCAGAGAUAUCAGAAGGAGCAGAGGGAGCUGACUUCUGGAGUGCUCUUGGAGGAAAAGCACAGUAUCGCACCUCCGAAAGGCUCAAGACCAAAAUGGACUCCCAUCCUCCUAGGCUUUUUGCAUGCUCCAACAAGACAGGACAAUUCCUUAUUGAAGAGGUGCCAGGCGAGAUGACCCAAGAAGACUUAGCUCCAGAUGAUGUCAUGGUCUUGGACACUUGGGAUCAGGUAAACUUAUGGUGUAUUUGUGACACUUGCAAAAGAAUGCACUCAAGAAAAGAAAAUCUAACACUGUACAUGCUUGAAAUCAUCGUCUCCAAGGUCUUUGUUUGGAUCGGGAAUGAAGCUAAUGAAGAGGAAAAAGGAGAAGCUGUGACUUCAGCUGCCAAAUAUAUCGAGUCAGAUCCUGCCAACAGGGACAAGAGAACUCCCAUUGUUACAGUGAAGCAGGGCUUUGAACCCCCCACCUUCUCAGGGUGGUUCCUGGGUUGGGACCAUGACUUCUGGAGCUCUAAUCCACUGGAACGGGCCAUGGCUGGUUUGAAAGUGUAA